AUGACGGGGUCCAAGACUGUUGUUAUUACCGGCGCAACCCGCGGCAUAGGCUACGAGACGGCCAAGGCCUUUCUCCAGUCCCCCAACUCGUACCACAUCUUUCUUGGUGCCCGAUCCCUUGCCAGCGGCGAUAAAGCCGUUGCGCAGUUGAAGCUGGACUGUCCAUCUGCUUCCAACACCAUCGAGGUGCUACUGAUUGAUGUGGAAUCCGACCAGUCCAUCGAAAAGGCCGUCGAGACUGUCAAGAGCAGACGCGGCACGGUCGACAUUCUCAUCAAUAAUGCGGGGGCCGCGUAUGACUGGGACGCCGCCGACGGCAAGGUCUCCCUCCGCGCCUCCUUCACCAAGGCCUACGACACCAACGUGUCGGGCGCGCACGUCGUGACCUGGCACUUUGUGCCCCUGCUGCUGCCCUCACCCGACCCGCGCAUCCUCUUUAUCGCAGGUCUCUCGCAGCUGACGUCGGCCGCGACCAAGGACUAUUUCCCCUCGGGCCCCGUGGCCGCUGGCUGGCCCAAGGCGGUGCCCUUUGAGACAAUCGGCUACCGCUGCUCCAAGACGGCACUGAGCAUGCUCAUGCUCGACUGGCGCUGGAAGCUCCGCGAGGACGGCGUCCGCGUCUUCAGCGUCAGCCCGGGCUUCUGCGUCACGGGGCUCGGCAAUCAGGGCGACGACAAGAUGGCCGCCAUGGGUGCGCAGCGCACGGCGAAGCAGGGCGCAACAACGAUUAUCAGCGUAGCCGAGGGGCACAGAGACGGUGACAUUGGUCAGAUUAUUGAUGAGGACGGUUUCGUUCCGUGGUAG